CCCCCCUCCUCCCCGCCUUCCCCGUUCGCUAAGGGCUGCGGCGCGGUUGAGGAGCUCCGAGCGGCGCCUCUAUUUAAAGGGGCCGCAGCCGCGACCUGGAGCUCGGGUGGGGAGAGGGCUGAGGACCGGCGGGAAGGAAGGAGGAAGAGGAGGCUGCAGUGAUCUAGCUCCCUUCCACAUGGAUUCCAGCGAGUUCCCAGGCUCCUUGGGGCCGCUGUCGUUGCCAGACAAACCCCUGAUCGGAGACCUCCCUGCAGACAUGGAGUACGGAGAAGGCCUCCUGGCCUCCCAGACGGCCUCCAUCCCGCAGGACUCCGCCCUUCAGGCCCCGGAGAUGGAGUGGGAAGGCCCCAGGCAAGCCACCUUGGGGAGUGGCUCCGACACGGCCCUGGCGAAAGUGGAUGGCUUGCCAGACCGGAGCAAAGCCAACAGCCUGCCCCUCGGCAAAUCUGGGCCCACAGAGAAGCCCCGUCUCCUAGACAGCUUGAACAGAAACGACAGUCGGAGGGAUGGAGAGAAAGUCAAGGCGUAUAAGUCGUGCGAUUUCAAGGGUCCCAGGGCCUCCUCCGUGCCAGAAACCAAGGACAUUGCACCAGAAAUGUACAAAGAAGAUGAUGCGUUGAAAGCUGGUUCCAAAAGUCCCGAAGACACCCGGGCAGAGGAGGAGGACGCCUCCCUGCCUUCCCCAGCUGGAAUAGAGGCAAGCAGCAUCCCACCUUCCCACCACGAAGCGGCCACCUCGCCCAGCAGCUCAUCCACCACCCAGCGGCCAGCGAAGAAGGCCCGGUUGAAAUGCCCACGGAAAAGUUCCCCUGUGCGGAAGGAGGUGACGACAUCAUCCACCGAAGACGCUGAGGGGCCCUUCCUCAACAGCAUUGCAGAUCCUCUUCAAUCAGAAAAAGGGGCUGGGAUUUCUAUCAAGGAGGAGAAGGACAACAGCCAGGAGGAGGCUGCAGAGUCCAAAGCACAGGAGGCAGCUUCAGCCGCAGGGGAAGGUCCUGCCGCAAAGGGGAGUGACCAGCCAGUUGAAAGGGAGCAGAAGAGGAGCGAACGAGUCAGGAGGACAGAGUCUCGACCUGAAACUGCAAACUCCUUGGAGAGCAUUCCUGUUUCCGAUGAAGAUUCGGAUGGUAUGGUGGAUGACCCCAAAGACGAAGACUUUGUCCCCUCCCCCGUCAUCCGGCGGCCCACCCGCCUCUCCCUGCGCAACCAGGCGGCCCAGCGGGCGGCCCGCUCCACCGUGGCCAAGAUGACCUGUGCCAACUGCCGGACGCCACUGCAGAAGGGCCAGACGGCCUACCAGCGCAAGGGGAUGCCCCAGCUCUUCUGCUCCAGCUCCUGCCUGACCACCUUCUCCAAGAGGCCCCUCAACAGGAACUGCGCCUUCUGCAAAAAGGAGAUCUGGAACACCAAGGAGUCCGUGGUGGCGCAAGUGGGCCCCGGCAACUCCUUCCACGAGUUCUGCACCUCAGCCUGCCUCUCGCUGUAUGAGGCCCAGCAGCAGAAAUCGGGGUCACAGACCACAGAAGCCACAGACACGGUCCGUUGCAGCGUGUGCUACAAGGCUGGAGAGAUCCAGCAUGAGGUCAGCAACGGGAACGUGGUCCACCGCCUCUGCAGCGACGCCUGCUUCACCAAGUUCCGGGCCACCAAGGGGCUGAAGACCAACUGCUGCGACCAGUGCGGCCUCUACCUCUACAACAAGGGGCUCCCGCUGGAAUAUCUCCUCCAUGAGGGGCAGCAGAAGCGCUUCUGCAAUGCUGCCUGUCUCAAUGGCUACAAGAAGAAGAACACCCGCGUCUACCAGUGCAUGUGGUGCAAGACGUACUGCAAGAACUUCGACAUGCUGACCUACAAAGACAAGAAUGGCAAGAUGGGCCUCUUCUGCUCCAUCUGUUGCACCACCUCCUACAGAGUCAAACAGGCCGGCCUCACAGGACCCCAGCGGCCAUGCAGCUUCUGCCGGAAGACUCCCUCGGAGCUGUGCUACUACAACAAGAACGAGCAGGUGGUCUACCAGUUCUGCAGUCCCAGUUGCUGGACCAAAUUCCAGCGUGCCAGCCCCGAAGGUGGGAUCCACCUGACCUGUCAUUCCUGCCACAACCUCUUCACUGAGAAGCCUGAAAUCUUGGAUUGGCAGGGCACGGUCUACCAGUUCUGCUGCCGCGACUGCUGCGAGGACUUCAAGCGCCUCCACGGGGUGGUCUCCCAGUGCGAACAUUGCAAGCAGGAGAAGCUGCUCCAUGAGAAGAUCCGCUUCUCCGGGGUGGAGAAGAAUUUUUGCAGCGAAGGUUGUGUGCUUCUUUACAAACAGGAUUUCACUAAGAACCUGGGCCUGUGCUGCAUCACCUGCACCUACUGCUCCCAGACGUGCCAGCGGGCCGUCACGGAGCAGCUGGAGGGCAGCACCUGGGACUUCUGCAGCGAGGACUGCAAGAGCAAAUAUCUGCUCUGGUACUACAAGGCGGCCCGGUGCCACGCCUGCAAGCGCCAGGGCAAACUGCUGGAGACCAUCCACUGGCGAGGGGAGAUCAAGCACUUCUGCAACCAGCAGUGCCUGCUGCGGUUUUACAACCAACAGAACCAGCCCAACCUAGACACCCAAAAAGGGCCCGAGAGUCUCCUGAACAGCCAGACUCCGGAACCAAAGCAGCCCUCCUCUGCCGCCCCCCAGAAAGCCGAGACCAACACGGUGCCUGCCAACAACAACUCCUCUGCCUCCCCUGCACCCACGCCAUCCCCACCCGCUCAGCCCCCCACUCCGCGGAAGAACAAGGCAGCCAUGUGCAAGCCGCUCAUGCAGAAUCGGGGGGUGUCCUGCAAGACCGAAAUGAAGUCCAAGGGCUGCCAGACAGAGGACGACUGGAAGCCCCAGGUGGUGGUCCUGCCCAUCCCGGUGCCCAUCUUUGUGCCUGUGCCCAUGAACAUGUACUGCCAGAAAGUGCCCGUGCCCUUCUCCAUGCCCAUCCCGGUGCCUGUGCCAAUGUUCCUGCCCACUACGCUGGAGAGCACGGAGAAGAUCGUGGAGACCAUCGAGGAGCUGAAGGUGAAGAUCCCCUCCAACCCGCUGGAGGCCGACAUCCUGGCCAUGGCCGAAAUGAUCGCUGAGGCAGAGGAGCUGGACAAAGCCUCGUCGGACCUCUGUGAUCUGGUGAGCAACCAAAGCGCGGAGGGCCUCCUGGAAGACUGCGACCUCUUUGGGCCAGCCAGAGACGACGUGCUGGCCAUGGCGGUCAAGAUGGCCAACGUCCUGGAUGAGCCGGGCCAAGACCUGGAAGCGGACUUCCCCAAAAAUCCCUUGGACAUUAACCCCAGCGUGGAUUUCCUCUUCGACUGUGGCCUGGUGGGUCCAGAAGAUGUCUCCGCAGAACAGGACCUGCCUCGGGCCAUCCGCAAGGGCCAGAAGCGGCUGGUGCUUUCGGAGAGCUGUUCGCGGGACUCCAUGAGCAGCCAGCCCAGCUGCGCGGUGCUCAACUAUUCCUAUGGGGUGAACGCCUGGAAGAGCUGGGUCCAGGCCAAGUACGCCGGGGGCGAAACCAGCAAAGGAGACGAGCUGCGCUUUGGCCCCAAGCCCAUGCGGAUCAAGGAGGACAUCUUGGCCUGCACUGCGGCGGAACUGAAUUACGGCCUAGCCCAGUUUGUCAAGGAGAUCACGCGGCCCAACGGUGAACGAUACGAGCCGGACAGCAUCUAUUACCUCUGCCUUGGCAUCCAGCAGUAUCUGCUGGAGAACAACCGUAUGGUGAACAUCUUCACAGACCUCUACUACUUGACCUUCGUGCAAGAGCUGAACAAGAUCCUGAGUGGCUGGCAGCCCACGAUCCUGCCCAACAACAUGGUUUUCUCACGAGUGGAAGAGGAGCACCUCUGGGAGUGCAAGCAGCUGGGCGUCUAUUCCCCCUUCGUCCUCCUCAACACCCUCAUGUUCUUCAACACCAAGUUCUUUGGGCUGCAGACGGCUGACGAGCACAUGCAGCUCUCCUUCACCAACGUCGUGCGGCAGUCGCGCAAGUGCGCCACGCCGCGGGGCACCACCAAGGUGGUGAGCAUCCGCUACUACGCUCCCGUGCGGCACCGGAAGGGGCGAGACGCCGGCGGAGGCAGCGGUGCCCUCGGCAAGCGGAAGCGGGAGGAGGAUGUGGCGCCGGUCUUGGAGCAGAGAGAGAACCGCAUGAACCCCCUGCGCUGCCCGGUCAAGUUCUACGAGUUCUAUCUCUCCAAAUGUCCCGAGAGCCUUCGGAGCCGCAACGAUGUCUUCUACCUGCAGCCAGAGCGGUCGUGCAUCGCGGAGUCGCCACUGUGGUACUCGGUCAUCCCUAUGGACAAAAGCAUGCUAGAGAGCAUGCUCAACCGGAUCCUGGCCGUGCGUGAGAUCUACGAGGAGCACAGCCGCGGAGGAGGAGGAGGAGGGGGCGGCCUGGACGACGACAUGGACUGAGGGCCAGAGGGGGACCGGCACCACUCUGGCCAGUUGUUUUUUGGGAGGAGGGGACGGGGACUUUGGGGGUAGCGCCGGGACCGUUGGGCAGCCGUGUCGGACUCGGUGACGGUUAAGAGCCCCUUUUUGGAGUGGGUCCGCACCACGCAACGCCAGCGUCUCCCUCCCUUUGCCCCUUUCCCUGCCGCCGAGGAGUGCCUCAUGCUUGUUUGCCACUCUCUCUGGCACCAAACUCAUGGACAAGGCAAAUAAGUCUUGUCCGGAAAGGGAGAUAGUAGCAGAGAAGUUAUCCUAGCAGACUCUGGGCAGUUUGUGGGCACAAUCCAUUGUUAACGGGGGCAAGAAGGGUGCCCGUUCUCACCUUCUUGUCCACCCAUUUCUUGAAGACUCCCUUUCUCUCUUGUUUGUUGGAGGAAUGGAACAUCUAGAGCCUCUCAUGACUCUCGGGGCUUCGUUUUGCUUUGUUUGGGAGCCCAGCCUCCCCCCCCCUUUUGCCUCUCUGUGUGUGUUGCAGCGUUGAACCCUCCCUGAGCUAUGGCCGGUGGUGGUGCUGGUGGUGUUGGUGCCCGUCUGUGAGCCUUGUACAUAUUGUCCUGGCCCCAGCCCUCUGUCCAUGUCCUCGUUGCCAGUGAGCCAGUUGCGGGUCUCUUUGUCGUCAUCGUCCGUAGUGAAAACGGGGCGCUAGGACCCGCCUCCCCCUCCCCUCCUUGAGCCCCCUUCUCCCCACGUUUCUCUGGAAACCGUUCAUUUCAAAUAAAGGCACAAAACAGA